GCCGUGGUGCUGAUUCUGUCAGGCGCUGGCGGCGGCGGCGGCGGCCCCGCUGCUCUCCCCGGGACCGGCUCUGCCCCCCCGCGCCCACGCCUCUCCCAGUCCCCAGUUCCCCUACCGCGGCCCCGACCCGGGGCGCGGCCGCAAGCAGCACCAUGCGCCCAGCAGCCCUGCUGCUCCUGCCCUCGCUGCUGGCGCUCCUGGCUCACGGACUCUCCUCAGAGGUGCCGAUCACGGGGGAAGGUCAAGCCACGGGCAUCAGGGAGAUGGAUGGGGAGCUGACCGCAGCCCCUACACCUGAGCAGUCAGACCGAGGCGUCCACUUCGUCACCACAGCCCCUACCCUCAAGCUGCUCAACCACCACCCACUUCUGGAAGAAUUUCUUCAAGAGGGGCUAGAAAGAGAGGAAGCGCCGCGGCCGGCUCUGCCCUUCCAGCCGGACUCACCGACACACUUUACUCCAAGCCCCCUUCCCCGCCUCACCAACCAGGACAACCGCCCCGUCUUUACCAGUCCGACUCCAGCCGUGGCCGCAGCACCCACCCAACCCCACUCCAGGGAGAAACCUUGGAACCUAGAGUCCGAACCCCCUGAGCUUUAUAUCUCAUCUCCCCUUCCUCCAGGGCCGAGUAUGGCGGUGCCCACACUGCUCCCAGAGGACAGACCCAGUACUACACCCCCUAGCCAAGCAUGGACUCCAACUCAGGAGGGUCCCGGAGACAUGGGCCGACCUUGGGUUCCAGAGGUCAUGUCUAAGACCACAGGGCUUGGUAUCGAGGGGACCAUUGCCACCUCCACAGCUUCGGGGGAUGACGAAGAGACCACCACCACCAUCAUUACCACGACUGUCACCACAGUUCAGCCACCAGGCCCCUGUAGCUGGAAUUUCUCGGGCCCAGAGGGCUCUCUGGAUUCCCCCACGGCCCCCAGCUCACCCUCUGAUGUUGGCUUGGACUGUUUCUACUAUAUCUCUGUCUACCCUGGAUAUGGAGUAGAGAUCAAGGUGGAGAACAUUAGCCUUCAGGAAGGGGAGACCAUCACUGUGGAGGGCCUGGGGGGUCCUGAUCCACUGCCCUUGGCUAACCAGUCUUUCCUGCUGAGGGGACAAGUCAUCCGCAGCCCCACCCACCAAGCAGCCCUGAGGUUCCAGAGCCUCCCACUACCUGCUGGGUCUGGCACUUUCCAUUUCCACUACCAAGCCUAUCUCCUGAGCUGCCACUUUCCCCGACGUCCAGCCUAUGGAGGUGUGACUGUCACCAGCCUCCACCCAGGAGGCAGCGCCCGCUUCCACUGCGCCACUGGCUACCAGCUCAAGGGUGCCAGGUUCCUCACCUGUCUCAAUGCCACCCAGCCCUUUUGGGAUUCCCAAGAGCCUGUCUGCAUUGCUGCUUGUGGCGGAGUGAUUCGGAAUGCCACCACUGGCCGCAUUGUCUCUCCUGGCUUCCCGGGGAACUACAGCAACAACCUCACCUGCCACUGGUUGCUAGAGGCUCCGGAGAGCCAGCGUCUCCACCUGCACUUUGAAAAGGUCUCCCUGGCAGAAGACGACGACAGGCUCAUCAUCCGCAAUGGAAAUAAUGUGGAGGCCCCGCCAGUGUACGACUCCUAUGAGGUGGAAUACCUGCCCAUUGAGGGCCUGCUCAGCUCUGGCAGACACUUCUUUGUGGAGUUCAGUACUGACAGCAGCGGGGCAGCUGCAGGCAUGGCCCUGCGCUAUGAGGCCUUCCAGCAAGGACAUUGCUAUGAGCCCUUUGUCAAAUACGGCAACUUCAGCAGCAGUGCACCGUCCUACCCUGUGGGUACGACUGUGGAGUUCAGCUGUGACCCUGGCUACACCCUGGAGCAGGGCUCCAUCAUCAUCGAAUGCGUCGACCUCCACGACCCCCAGUGGAAUGAGACAGAGCCAGCCUGCCGAGCCGUGUGCAGCGGGGAGAUCACAGACUCUGCAGGCGUGGUGCUCUCUCCAAACUGGCCGGAGCCUUAUGGCCGAGGGCAGGACUGCAUCUGGGGUGUGCAUGUGGAGGAAGACAAGCGCAUCAUGCUGGACAUCCGAGUGCUGCGCAUAGGCUCUGGGGAUGUACUGACCUUCUACGAUGGGGAUGACCUGACAGCCCUGGUCCUGGGCCAAUACUCAGGGCCCCGUGGCCACUUCAAGCUCUUUACCUCCAUGGCCGAUGUCACCAUCCAGUUCCAGUCGGACCCUGGGACCUCGGCGCUGGGUUACCAGCAAGGAUUUGUCAUCCACUUCUUUGAGGUGCCCCGCAAUGACACGUGUCCAGAGCUACCCGAGAUCCCCAAUGGCUGGAAGAACCCUUCACAGCCCGAGCUGGUGCACGGCACGGUGGUCACCUAUCAAUGUUACCCUGGCUACCAGGUGGUGGGAGCCAGUAUUCUCAUGUGCCAGUGGGACCUAAGCUGGAGUGAGGACCUGCCUUCAUGCCAGAGAGUGACAUCCUGCCAUGACCCAGGGGAUGUGGAACACAGCCGACGCCUCAUAUCCAGUCCCAAGUUUCCCGUGGGAGCAACUGUACAGUAUGUCUGUGACCAGGGUUUUGUGCUGACGGGCAGUGCCAUCCUCACCUGCCAUGAUCGGCAAGCGGGCAGUCCCAAGUGGAGUGACAGGGCCCCCAAGUGUCUCUUGGAACAGUUCAAGCCGUGCCAUGGCCUCAGCGCCCCGGAGAAUGGUGCCCGCAGCCCUGAGAAGCGGCUCCACCCAGCAGGGGCCACCAUCCACUUCUCCUGUGCCCCUGGUUAUGUGCUGAAGGGCCAGGCCAGCAUCAAAUGCGUGCCUGGACACCCCUCGCAUUGGAGUGACCCCCCACCCAUCUGUAGGGCUGCCUCUCUGGAUGGGUUCUACAACGGCCGUAGCCUGGAUGUUGCCAAGGCACCUGCCGCCUCCAGUACCCUGGACGCUGCUCACAUGGCUGCUGCCAUCUUCCUACCAUUGGUGGCCAUGGUGUUGCUGGUGGGGGGAGUGUACCUCUAUUUCUCCAGACUCCAGGGGAAAAGUCCCCUGCAACUUCCCCGAACUCACCCUCGCCCCUAUAACCGCAUCACGGUGGAGUCAGCAUUUGACAACCCAACUUAUGAGACUGGAUCUCUUUCCUUUGCAGGAGACGAGAGAAUAUGAAGUUUCCAUCUAGGCGGGGGCAGUCUGGGGAUGCACACGCAGUCCUGCAUCGCAGGCCAGCGGCAGGGCUCCCGGCUCUCUGCUAUCCCUCACCUCCUGUACAUACCGCCUGGGAAGAGACACCACCAACCCCUUCCCCGCCUGCAAUGCCCACAGUGACCUAUUUUCUCGGCACCGCUGUGCCCGCUUCGGGCCCUUCUUUGGAUUCAGGGGCGCCUGCCUCGGGUAGAACAUAGCUGGAACACAUUACCAGCAGCCAACAUUCUCCUGCUUCUCUUUUGCCCUGGACCUCCAGCCUGGAAGCCACCAUCCAGCCUGGCACGUGAGGACUCCAGAAGAGCUGACUCGACAGCAGGGUGCCCCUCACAGGGCCAACUACCAGAGGCCAACAUUGUUCUCAACUCUUGGUAGUCCUGGUGUGCCAACACCAGUCCCCCAGGGAGGUUUCUAGUCCCUCUCUAAAGGCUCAGGAUUGGACAGUUAAGCCUUCUGCCCUGUCCUGGGAAGGUGAUGAUUUAAGAAUCCUAAAAGGUUCAGGGACUCUAUCCCAAGCUCAGGCUGGGCCCCACUGGAUAUUCACGCUCCACACCAAAGCAGGACACCCUACGGCUCCCCAGCAUCCCUCUGCCCUGAGGAGGGAGAACCCUUCCUUGGAGUUUAUCUGGCUGUUACAGAUGUCCCCUUUCCCACCAGUCCCUCCUCUAAGCCGCUUACCAUGUCCCGCCCUUCCUGCCACUGUGUUGUGGCAUGCCAGGAGACAGCAGGUACAUUCUGGAGAGGAGUAGAUGUCCAAGGACCCAGGAAUGUGGCAGAAGUCAAGAAUCCCCAGGACUCUCAGUCCGGACCGAGGCCACUUUGUACAUAUGAUGUAUUAUAUGGGGUCUGGGCUCCAGCCAGAGAACAAUCUUUUAUUUCUGUUGUUUCCUUAUUAAAAUGGUGUUUUGGAAAAAAAAAAAAUCAAGCAGUGUAAAUGGUGAUUUCUCAGAGGAAAGGGAGGUGGAAGAUGAAUGUGACGUGGACCGGCACACCGAGACCUGCUGGACGCACCAAUCAAUCAUGCCCGGAUUUUAUGACAGAAAAGAUGUCAUCUGUAGUUAAACGGGUAACACUGCCUCCAAAGACGUUAGUGUUACAGAUGGCAGGUGAAAUGAGAGGUCCCAGUGACUAACGCCAUGGGGAUGUGGGAGCUCGGUAACCCCAAUGCCUCAUUUCCUCCUCUUUGCCAGGGCUAGAGCCAUACGCCGGCCCAGUCCCAAACCCCUUUUAGUACCACUGGAUUGCUGACAAAACCCAAGGUUGGACGCACUGCCCAGUCCACUUUUCCUGUUAAGCGAAGCUCGAGAGAUUGGAAUCAGUAUCAUAAGCUGAACCCUUGUACAUAAGGCCUAACUUGCCUUGACCUUAGAAAACACGGAGAUUGUAAGCCAGAGGGGUGGACAGCUCAGAGGCCCCUGAGACAGGCAAGAGCCCUGCCUGUGGGCUCUUUAAAGUGACUCCUGAAACAUACAUACAAGUAACAUUAUAAAGACUCAGCAGGUUGUACUUGUGUAUUUAGAAAU